UGAGGUGUGAGGCUCUGAGAGCCCCGGAGUGACUGCAAUUUCAACAAAAAAUUUCAAAGGAAAUGCAGGAAUGCCUGUUUUAGAAAAAGACAUGCAGAAGAAGGAGAAAGAUUCACGCAGUAAAGAUGAGCCAGCAGUACCUAAACUUCCAGUCCCACCACUACAACAGACCUUACAGAUGUACCUACGGUGCAUGAAACACUUGGUGCCAGAAGAGCAAUUUAGAAAGACCAAGAGCGUCGUGGAGCAGUUUGGAGUUGCAGGAGGCCUCGGGGAAUCCUUGCAGCUAAUCCUCGAGGAAAGAAGGGAGAAGACAACAAACUGGGUGUUUAACUACUGGCUGGAUGACAUGUACCUCAACAACCGGUUGGCUCUUCCAGUCAACUCCAGCCCAGCAAUUAUCUUUGCUCGUCAGAAUUUCAAGGAUGUAAAUGACCAACUAAGGUUUGCUGCCAAUCUUAUUUCGGGCGUGCAGGACUAUAAAGCUUUACUAGACAGCCAUGCUUUACCUGUUGAUUUUGCUCGUGGACAGCUGUCUGGUCAGCCUCUCUGUAUGAAGCAAUACUAUGGACUCUUUUCUUCCUAUCGUCUUCCAGGACAUACCAAAGACACCCUUGUGGCCCAGAAAAGCUGUGUAAUGCCAGAACCAGAGCACAUCAUUGUUGCUUGUAACAAUCAGUUUUUUGUUUUGGACGUUGUCAUUAACUUCCGUCGUCUCAGUGAGGGAGAUCUUUUCACUCAGUUACGAAAGAUAGCCAAAAUGGCAGAGAACGAAGAGGAAAUGCUGCCUCCAAUUGGCUUGCUGACGACAGAUGGAAGAACAGAGUGGGCAGAGGCCAGGACGAUCCUUAUGAAAGAUUCCACUAAUCGCGACUCUCUUGACAUGAUUGAACGAUGUAUAUGCCUGGUGUGCCUGGACAGCCCAAGCGGGGUGGAACUCAACGACACAAACAUGGCACUGCAACUGCUACAUGGAGGAGGCUACCAUAAAAACGGUGCCAAUCGUUGGUAUGACAAACCUAUGCAGUUUGUGGUAGGAAGAGAUGGAGUCUGUGGCACCGUGUGUGAACAUUCCCCUUUCGAUGGCAUCGUACUGGUGCAGUGCACAGAACACCUGCUCAAGCACAUGAAAGAAAGCUCCAAGAAAUUACUCCGAGCUGAUUCAGUAAGCGAGCUUCCUGCUCCACGGAGAUUAAGAUGGAAAUGCUCCCCUGAAAUUCAGGCACACUUGGCAUCAUCAGCAGAAAAACUCCAAAGGAUAGUAAAAAAUCUGGACUUUAUUGCCUACAAGUUUGUGAACUAUGGAAAGGAGUUUAUUAAGAAACAGAGGACCAGCCCAGAUGCCUACAUUCAAGUAGCACUGCAGCUGGCAUUUUACAGGUGCCACAGGAGACUUGUCCCUACCUAUGAAAGUGCUUCCAUACGCCGAUUUGAUGAGGGCAGAGUUGAUAAUAUUAGGUCUGCUACAUCGGAAGCAUUUGCUUUUGUGAAAGCAAUGACUGAUGACAAGCCAGCUCUGUCGGAUUCUGAGAAGAUGCAGAGAUUUAAGGAUGCAAUAGCAGCUCAAACUAAUUACACUAUUUUGGCUAUUACUGGAAUGGCAAUAGACAAUCACCUGCUAGGGCUGAGAGAGGUGGCACGAGAACACUUCAAGGAACUGCCAGAGAUCUUUACAGAUGAGACAUACCUGACAAGCAAUAGAUUCAUUCUCUCUACCAGUCAGGUUCCAACGACUAUGGAAAUGUUCUGCUGCUACGGGCCCGUGGUACCCGAUGGUUAUGGGGCAUGUUAUAAUCCUCAGCCAGAGCAUAUAUUAUUCUGCAUUUCAAGCUUUAAAGACUGUAAGGAAACAUCUUCAGAUAUGCUUGCAAAAGCCGUGGAAGAAAGCCUCCUAGAAAUCAGAGAUCUGUGCAACAAAUGCAGCCCUACAGCAGCAAAGUCACUUGCUAAACAAGAGGAAGCCACACAGUUGCAGAGUGACCGCAAACUCUGAGAAGCUCUGGGAAACAUCAUCCUGAAUCCACCAUAAGAAGAAAAAAUUGACAUAGUUGUUCAAAGGCAAGAUAGUGCUAGUGAUAUAUUAGAGUAGAAAAAAAAAAAAAGCCAUUUCUUUUACACUGUUGUUGUGAAAUCUUACAUUUCGUGCUUGAGGAUCAGCAAGAAGGUUUGGUCUCGCUGGCUGAAAUGAAAGAGGCAGUAAUACGUGUACGUACUGUAGUACCAUUUCUAACCAUAAUUGACUUAUGCCAAUUUAUCUUCUAAAAAAAAACCUGAAGUCUGUAUAUGACAUGAGUGAAAUACUAAAGCACACCAAAUAAUUAAUAUCCCCCAGAAUUAGUUCUAAAACAGUUACAUCUAUUCCUGCAACAUUUUCAUGUAAAGAGGAGGAAAAAUAAAACAAUUCCCCCUAUCAGGUAUGUUGAGCACUGUAAAUAAUGAGCUGUUGCCACUAAAUCUUGAAAUUAGCAUGGGGAGCAUUAAAUAGUCUACUAUUUCCAACAUUACAAAAGCAGAUCAUUUUUAAUAGUGGCCAUUGUGUGUUUCUAAAUUCAGCAACAGACCUCAGUAAAAUUAGACUGCAUGUUCCCCUAAGUCAGAAAUGCUGCAGAAUGGUUUAGCCUUUAUGCUGGUUUGCACUGGUCUUAAGCACAGUGCCACUCUGAAAGAAGCAUGUUGGAGAUAAGACCCAUUAAAGGGAAUUAGGAUAAAUUUGUCCAUAAGGAAUUGACUUGAUUAUUUCUUUCUGACAGCAAGCAAAAUCCAAUCUGACAGAGAAGCAAAGCACAAAGCAUAAGUACAAUUCAAUUCUAUUUAAAUCUUUUUUUUUUGUUGUUGUUUGCAUAGGAAUGAAUUCUGUCAGUGUGACCAGCAGGAGAGCUGUAUGCAACCACAGAAAAUCAAAGAGCAAUAAAUAACUAGAAUAAGGAGGCAAACUUGCAAGAUAAGGAAGUCUCUAAAAUAGAGCGAUAAAUACCAGUUUAAGAGUACUAGUACUCAUAUCAGCUCUGCAUCAUCCCACUUGGGUGGGAUUUAUAUUUUAUAUUUUAAUACCAGAUGCAGGAUAUCACCCUCUGCAGUAUACAAUAAAUUCAGUUGCAAAGGUAAUAGAAUACUUGGUAAUUACCACAUUUUCUGUGAAUGUUACCCUGAGGUUUUCCUCAUUAUUUCUCUCAUUUCCUACAAAACCUUCCUAGGACUGGUAUUUUCACACACCUUCACUCAAGCUGAAAUAAGUUGCCACGCUUAGCAGCAUUCAGAUGGAAUCACCAGAAUAUAACUUAGCAACUGACUACAGACACCUAAUAACUAAUUGGGCACCCAUCCUUUGUUAGGAGGCUGCAGCAUGCUCUGAAGCCAGGCCAGGGUCCUGAUGGUGGAGAAAUGGAGACCUUUUCUCUUCCUUUGCAGACAGAGCAAUCACAUGUCCAAGCAUUCACAGGUCUGAUAGAAGGGAAAUAGAUGCACUGUAAUAAACUAGAAGCACUGAUAUACUUCUAAGUACUCUAGAUACUGACCCAGUAGAUUACGUAUGUCCACGCUUACUUUAUUGCCUCUUUCUAGUCACAUUCAUUCAAUUAAGCAUUCUGCUGGAUAAAGGCUAUGCAUGCCAUGUGCCAAAGCACAGUGAGCCUAAUAAUCAAUCAGAACAAGUCAGCUAUGGUGGAGCAAAUCAACUCCGUUGAUCUACAGUGAUUGGGGGUUUUCUCUUAAGUUAGUAUGUUCAUUUAAAAAUGUGUAUUUCAUCACUCCAUUAACGUGGCUCAAGCCAAAGACUGAAUCUAUUUUUAGAUGAUGUAAAUAGUACUAUGGCAAAAAAGCUGCCCCAAAGUUAAAACUCAAAUGUCGUAUCACCCCUUUCCCAACAACAACAACAAAAAGAUGAAAGUUAAACUAAAUGUUCACCCAACAAACAUGCCAUUCAAAAUAUGACUUUGAAUUGUUUUUCUAUACAGUAGUGAAAAUUACUUUGAAACAUUCCCAGUAAUUUUGCUCCUCUGUCUUAGGUCACUACAAAGACAUUCUGCUCUUUUAACAUAAAUAUAGCACUAUAGCCUCAAGAUUUUUUUUCCAUACAACUCUUUGCAAUUACGGCCAUACUUUACGGGUAUACGAUGCUGUGAAUUGUUACUUGAUUAUUCAUUUUAUCCUAAAGAAAUGUAUAAUUUUAUUUUGUAUUCAUAGUUUGAUAGGUACCAAUGUUUGUUGGUACCUAUGUAAGAAACCUCAGGCUCAGCUCCUGGUACACUUACACUGGACAGUCUUGCAUAAGGUUAAGAUGAAUAAAAUUCAUAGCUCAGAGCAUCCGCAGUUUGCCAGCAGGAGCUUCAUGGGGACUGUGCUUCUUCUCAGCUAACAGAAUCCCCUACACUUAUGUUUUAUCACCUCAUGCUGCACUGCAUUUAUUAAUGACUUCAAGAAAUAGGUAGCUUUCUUAGAUGCUUAUAUAAACUGGUUCACGUGGUAACAAAACAAAAUAAACCUGAUUUCAAAACCAAUAUUGUUAAGGGUGUGAGAGCCUGCUGCCUGUGGCUGGAGCAGGGCUGAGGCAGCGUGCCAGGAGCGCAGCGUGGGUGACAGAAGACAAAAGAAGACUCAGAAAUAUUUUAGUGAUACUUUUAUUUUUAUAAAAUAGUAUAGAUUUAUGACAAACGUGUUUACUUAUAGCCCGUUUAGUUCAGUAGUCCAGUGCUCUAUAGAAACAUGUUUACGUGUAUCUAUAUGAAUAUAUAUGUAUAGCUGAUGUGAAGUAAAUGCUGGUAAACACCACUUCAGCUCAUCGCGCUGCCAAUAAAGCCAUUGGAAUGAGCUCGUGGCCUCUCUGUCUCUCCAUUAAAAGAGUUUUCAGUCUGACAUGAACUCACACAAUCUCAUAAAGGCUCCACAGCAACAAAAGACAACAGCAAAAAGACAGUGUUCUCUCAGACACCUCAGUGCCCACACCCAGUCCAGAGUAUCAGCACGCUCCCUUGUUGGGGUCCUGAAUCCACAGCUGCUCCAUGGUGAUGGAAGGAGCAACUGCUUGGUGUAGUGCUGACAGUGCCGAGAUUUUGUCUCUCAUCCGUUUCGUGUGACCUAAUUGUCACAGGUUGCCAUUGCAACUUCCUGGAAAGCAGCGAGAACUGUCUGAUGGGGAUUGUGCAUCGCUGACCAAAAGAAAAAAGCAUCUUUUAAGGUGAGGCCGGAUCACACCCUGGGCAACCUGAUGUAGCUGUGGCGUCACUGUUCAUUGCAGGGGAGUUGGACUAGAUGGCCUUCAGAGGCCCCUUUCAACUCCAAGGAUUCUAUGAUUCCCACCUCAAAGCAUGUGGCUUUCAGAACUGGACUC